GGACGCACGCCCUGCGCACGCCGCGAUGGACGCCGUGGACGCCGUGGAGGCCGUGGUGGAGGUGGUGGCCGAGGUGGUGUCGCAGCAGCCCAACUGCAGCGCGGUGCCCUCGUUCACCGCGGACUGGCCUGACGGGCCCCUCGCCGCCGAGGAGCGCUUCCUCCGGGGCACCCGGUUCCUCAUCCAGCGCGUGCUGGUGCCCCUGGUGGUGGUGGUGGGCUUGGUGGGCAACUUCGCCACCAUCGUGGUGCUGACGCGGCGCCGCAUGCGCUCCUCCACCAACGUGUACCUGACGGCGCUGGCCGUGUCGGACCUGCUGUACCUGCUGGCCGUGUUCCUGCUGUCGCUGCAGCACUACCCGGGACCCGGCUCCAUGGAGGCCACCUUCUUCUUCUACUGGCAGGUCUGGCCCUUCAUCCUGUGGCUGGCCGACUCCAUGACCGCCACGUCUAUCUGGCUGACGGUGGCCUUCACGGUGGAGCGGUACAUCGCCGUGUGCCACCCCAUGCGGGGCCGGCUGCUGUGCACGGAGCAGCGGGCGAGGCGCGCCGUGGCCGCGGUCUGGGUCUUCUGCGUGGCGGCCACGUCCAGCGUGCCCUGGGAGUACAGCGUGGUGCUGCACCAGGACGCCAACGGCAUGCAGUGCAUCAUCCUGGACACGAGCCGGCUGGGGGACAACGACCUGUACAAGACGCUGUACUACUGGUCCAGCGUCACCAUCUUCACGCUGCUGCCGCUGCUGCUGCUGGCCGUGUUCAACUGCUUCCUCAUCAACGCCGUUCGGCAGAGCCGGCGUGCGCGCCGCUCCAUGACGCAGAACGAGCCGCAGUCCGUGUCGCAGCACCAGCGCCAGGAGAACCGCAUCACCAUCACGCUCAUCGCCGUCGUGAUCCUGUUCCUGGUGUGCCAGACGCCCUCCGCCGCUACGCUGGUGUACUCCAUCUUCACGCGUGUCUCCACGGUGCAGCGCGCCCUCGGCAACAUCUUCAACUUCCUGGUGGCCGUCAACGCGGCUUCCAACUUCCUGCUCUACUGCGCGCUGUCCGACAAGUAUCGGAGGACAUUUCUAGUCACUUUCGUCCCUUGGUGCUACAAGGGGCAGGCCUCGGUUCUCCAGCGGGCGGGUUCCAUGUACUCGACGCACUCCGACUUCACCCGGACGACGCGCACCCGCGUGGGCAGCGUGUACCUGCAGGUGCCCAACGCGCGCAACGGCGGCGGCGGUAACCGGCUGCAGAGGACGCCAUCGGGCUACUCGUCGCAGACCCUGGGCCAGGGCCUGGGCCCCCACAAGGACCGCCCCUCGCCCAGCCGCCUGGCGCCGCCCGCCAGCCCCAUGGGCCCCAUGGGGAUGGGCCCCCUGCACGCGGCCAACGGCAACGGCUUCGACGGCCACGACUGAGGCCGCGGGCCGCGGGCACCUGGAGCACCUCGAGUAGGCCAGCAGGGCGCUAAGACUGAAUGAGGCUGUGGACUCGUGGCCCCGACAGGACUUGGAGUGCAAGUUAGUCUCGCUUUCGUUUUCAAGCCAGUGUUAUCCUUCUCUUCGUAUUGUAAGGAGAAAUUCCAAUAUUUUUCUAUGUGCGCCGCGCUGAUGGCGGCAGACUGCACGGCCUCGAGAGGAAUGGUUCGGCUGUGCUGUCUGCGAGUCGCGGUCGCCCCUCUAUUUAGCCUGUAACGGCUGGUGUGGCACGUUUGUCUAGUCCAAUUCCUGCUGGAAACCCAGUGGACCAUUUUCUGAGGCCUAAGAAAUAUAUCCCAGAUGGGGCUCGGAUGAGAGUCUUUAUGUUUGAAUGUACUCUGCUCUUUAGGAAUAACAAACUAAAUGUUUCGACGAGAGUGGAGAGCUGCGGUGGUUUUGCAUCUAGUCAUGUUUUAAGUUGAUAGAAUAUUUUCUCUCUCAUUUUCCAUUGUAAAUAUUUCAUCGUCAAAUCGUGUAGGGCUGAUGUGAAACAACAGCCGCUUUCUCAUGUUUGUGUCAUUAUCUUUUAGAUUAAGUGAAUUUAUUGCUGAGGCCACAUUCUCCUUCGUAUUGUGCUUUGGCAUUGUGCUAAUGUGUAAAUGCAUUUGCAUUUCUAGUCGUCUAAUUUAGUGUGCAGACCAUUCUCAAUCAUGUUGCUCGUGCUGGCUGGACCACCACUUUGCUAUAAUACUGUCCUGUGCACAUAUCAAUGCAUUUGUAUGUAUACUGGCAAGCUAUAAUAAAGAUUCUGAAAAUGUUUCUGUAGCUUGUCUACAAAGCAACGA